AUGUCAAAAUUCAUUAUACCAACCACUUUAAGGGAAUUAAGAUUCCAUUUAUCACAAACAGGAGAAGCCUCUGUUCCAUUAAGAAAGUUCUUAACCACCAACUACCCAAGUUUGAAAACUCAAACCAAAAAUAGUUUACCUAUAUUAAUCAGAGAAAGUUAUGGUAUACCACCAAGUAUUACUGCUAGAUUUGAAAAAGGUAAAGAAUUCAAAACUAAUUUAGAAGGAUUAGAUGAACAAGGAAUUUCAACUGCUUUGAAUCAAUUAUUAAAAAAUUAG